AUUGAUACAGAGAAGAAAAGGGAAUACAGGCUGGAUUUGAGUGUCUGAAUCCUCAGUUUACCAGCACACGCUAAGUUGGCACUAAAGAAAGUAACUAUGACUGCGGAAAUUUGGGACGUUAUAGUUGUUGGUGCUGGACUUUCUGGACUAAGUGCAGCUCAUUGGCUUAAAAAAAGGGACGCCACUAUGAAAAUACUGAUUCUGGAAGGGAAAGAUCGGGUGGGAGGGCGCACAGUGACUGUCAAGUUACCAGCAGCCAGUGGUGUUGAUCGCUGGGACCUUGGAGGGCAGUGGGUAGGAAGUACUCAAACGCACGUCUUGAAGCUCAUAAAAGAGCUGGGCUUAGAAGUCUACCCACAGUUCAAUAGGGGUAGAAAGGUGCACCACAUGGGUGGGCCAACUUCCAAAGUUCGCACCUAUAAGACCAGCAUUCCUACUCUGUCCCCUGUGGUGCUAAUGGACUUCACCCAGAUCCUGUGGAAGAUUGACAGACUGUGCGCAACAGUAUGCGUCCAGGAUCCCUCAAAGACUCCAAAUGCUGAAGAACUAGACAGCAUGACGCUGCACACGUACAUUGAGAAACACGCUUGGACUGCAGAACUAAAAGAGGAAAUCGGGCUGUGUAGCAGAUCUGUCUUUGGAAUUGAGCCAUCCCAGAUGUCUUUCCUAUUCUUCCUGAUGUAUGCUACAGCUGCUGGAGGGCUACUAAAGCUGCUGGAGAGCACUCCAGGUUGUGCUCAAGAGUUCAAGAUAAAGGGAGGCACCCAACAGCUUUCAGAGUGUCUGGCAGACCGUGUUGGAUGGAAGAAUGUCCGGCUGGGUUGUGCUGUGACAGCCAUAUGGCAGGAUGCUGAGUGGGCCAGGGUGAUGACUGCUACAGACACCUUCUUGUGCAGAGCUGUGAUUGUCACCUGCCCCCCUCAUUUGGCAGCAAAGAUCAACUACCAACCAGCCCUGCCCAGCCAGAGAGAAUUCCUUACUCAGAACAUGCCUGUGGGUCAUAUGAUAAAAUUCAUUAUUACCUACAAAACGGCUUUUUGGAGGGAGAAGGGUUUUUCUGGGGAAAUAGUGGCAGGGUCCUCCACCGAGUGUCCAUUCUGUGUAACCUUUGAUGCCACCAGCCCUUUUGGUAAUGCUGCUCUGGUAGGAUUCAUUGCUGGCCAGCAGGCUUCUCAUUGGGAAUCAAAAGAGGUUGGAGAAAGGAAAAAUGCUGUGCUUUCCAGUCUGGUCAAAUAUCUAGGUCCUCAGGCUGCAUCUUUCAUUCAUUAUGAAGAAAAAGAUUGGGCCAAGGAGGACUACAGUGGUGGCUGUCCUGUUAAUGUCAUGGCACCAGGUUUGCUAACAUAUUACCACUCUAGCCUGAGGAAGCCUUUUAGCAGGAUACAUUGGGCAGGAACAGAGACAGCCACCCAGUGGUGUGGAUACAUGGAUGGAGCGGUGCAAGCUGGUCAGAGAGCUGCUCUGGAGGUGCUGGCUGAAGUGUCCCACAUGACUCUGACCACAGAGGAGCAGGAAGAAUUGCAGUGCAUUCAAAAUGUCAAGAGUACUUCUAAGCAAAGACCAUCAUCCAAACUCGUGUACCUGCCUACAAGCAAAUCUGUGGUUAUAGCAACACUCACAAUAGGAGCUGUUCUUCUGCUGGCUCAGCAUCAAAAUACAGUAUUAAAGAUCAAAGAGUACUUCACAAAUGCCUUUUCACCAAUCAAGCACAACCUUCUGCUGUGAUAACAAAAAAAACCAAACAAACCUGUAAACCAAGAGUACAUUUAAGCAAAAAAAAAUGAAAAAAAAUAAUUUAAAACAAGAUGAAAAAUAUAUUGGCAGCAGCCAGUGGUAUCAAUUUCAAAUAUUUUCACAAGAUUUUCAAAAAACUUGACCUAAAACCUCUGAUCUUGAGGUCAGACCACUGACAUUGGAACUCCAUCCAAGGUUUUUAGUAGUUGCACCUGUGGUAUCAAUUUGAAUGGUCUUGUUCUCGAGUUAUUGCAUUAACAAGCUUCCACAGUGCCCGCCUGCCAGCCUGGCAAGGUGACAACAAUACCACAUCAGCCUUUUAUGGCUGAGGGGUAAAAAGCUAAAGGUUCUGCUGGAAUCUAAAUUAUUUUCACUAGCAGUGACUACAAAAACAACAACAACAACACGCCCCCCCUAAAGUCAUAAAGUUGUGCUUAUGACAUUAGGACCAGAAUGCAGGACUUUUACAUGUACUCUACUUUUGCUUGCAAGGUGUAACUAAUGAAGUGACUGGUGAAUACAGAUGUAUGUGGGAGAGCCUUUGGGAAAAAUACCUAAGAAAACUCAAAGAAACUAUUUAUAUAAAUAAGAGGGAAAAAAAGGUCUGCACUGCAGUUAAAACCAGUUUGUCAUGAGAAAAUCAAGCCUUCACAGUGUAUGCCUUUUGAGGUUUCACACAAAGCCAUAACAUCUGGAUGAAAGGUUUGAAGCUAUUCCACAAGCAUGUUUUUUGACUCACAAAACCAUAAAAAGAUGAACGAGUGUAAGAUGGAUGAACCAGUCAGACAAUGGACAUAUCCAAGAGAAGGUGAUUUAAUCGCUAUCACUUGAUUGCACAGUCGAUUGAAAGGAUUUUUGUCACUUCCAAUGUCUCCUCUAGAGAGGAUCUCAAAUGCCCACUAAUCACUGUAUGGUAGUCUGUGACUCCUUUGGCGCCAUGGCUUUCUAUUUGUCUUUGUUAUCACUAGCUUGCACUGAAUCAACUGCUUGUUCUCCCUGGUUUCACUUAAGCCAGCCCAGGCUGAAUCAAGGCCAGUGUCCUAACAUUUCUGAACAUGUUUGAUUAUUUGUAGCAUUUGAUUACUGACCCAUUUUUUGUUGAGAGUCAAAUGAGCUGAAAUCAGUGCAAUGGUUCUUGUGCAAGUAAGUU